CCCCCCCCCCCCGCUCGCCUCCUUCCCUCGACCAUGCUUUCCCGCAUUGCCCCAAGCGCAGCUGCGCGCCUCCUCCAGUCUGCUGCCAGCACCGGCCGCCGGGCCUUCUCGACCCAGCUCUCCGGGGCCGAGCUGUUGGCCAAGUUCGAGCAGACCGUGGCUGAUCAGGCAUCGGCCAUCCUGUCCAUGGACAAUGACAAGAAGCUGCGCUUUUACUCCCUCUUCAAGCAAGCCAAGGAGGGCGAUGUGGCCACUGACCGCCCGGGCAUGUUUGAUCUCGCUGGCCGCUACAAGUGGGACGCCUGGAACUCCUUGAAGGGCACCUCCCGCGAGGAGGCCAUGCGCCUGUACAUCUCGGAGCUGACGGCCGUCGCGCCGGCUGCCGCCGCGGCCACCUCCGACUCCGGCGUCUCGGCAGUGGCCCAGGCCAGCUUCCAGCCGAAGCUGACGGCCCUGCUUCCGGCUGACUCGUACCGCGGGAAGGUGGUCUUCAUUACCGGCGGCGGUACCGGGCUCGGCAAGGGCAUGGCCACCCGCUAUUCCGAGCUCGGGGCCACGGUCUUCAUUGUCAGCCGGACGCAGGAGGUUCUCCAGGCCACGGCCGAGGAGAUCUCCGCGCAGACUGGCAACCCGGUGUACUUCGCCUCGUGCGAUGUGCGCGAUCCGGAGUCCGUGUCCAAGGCCCUGGACGCCUGCGAGCAGGCGGCCGGUCUCCCAGAUGUGAUUGUCAACAACGCUGCCGGGAACUUCAUCUCCCCCUUCGAGCGCCUCUCGCCGAAUGGCUGGAAGUCCAUCACCGACAUCGUCCUCAAUGGCACAGCCUACGUGACCCUCGAGGCCGGCAAGCGCCUUCUGAAGGCCGGCCGCUCGGCCAAUGUCCUCUGCAUCUCCACCACCUACGCCGACCUGGGGUCCGGGUUUGUGGCUCCCUCGGCCGCGGCCAAGGCCGGUGUCAACGCCCUCAUCCGGUCGCUGGCCUCGGAGUGGGGCCGCUAUGGUUUCCGCUUUGUCGGCAUUGCCCCGGGUCCGAUUGAGACCAAGGGGGCCUUCAGCCGCCUCGACCCGACCGGCAAGUUCCGCAAGCUCAUGAUCGACCGGCUGCCGACCGGCCGCUUCGGCGAGGUCCCGGAGCUGUCCAACUUCGCCACCUAUCUCACCAGCGACUAUGCCUCCUGGAUCACCGGCCAGGUGUUCAACUUUGACGGUGGCGAGACUGCCUUCAUGUCCGGCGAGUUCAACGAGCUCGUGCAGGUCACCGAGGCCGAGUGGGACUACAUGGCCAAGAUGAUCCGCAACACCAAGGGCUCCACCUAGGCGGCGGGCGCUCCUGGCUCCCCGCCGAUUGAGAUGGGGGAGGAAGGCCAACGCGCGUCCUCUGCCCUGCCCGCCACCCGUCCAAUCCCCUGAGGACAGCCCUUCCGGCCUUUGUCUCGCCCCCGAGGACGAUGGCGCCUGCGAUGGGCCGCCCUGCGUCCCCUCCCCCCAGGAGAUCAUGUCAUUUUUUCUACAAAAUACACACCCAAUGUCCGAA